AUGCAGAAACGCGAUCCCACCCCUGGUGAGAUUAUGAAUAUCUCACUACAUGAGUCAAUAUGUCGCUGGCGAAUCGGCCACCUUGGUGACGGAAGCAGAGCAGAACGGUCUACAAUGCAGGCUUCUUACGCUCUAGUCAAUCAUCUUUGGUAUUCCUGCAAGGGCAAAGACGUCACGAAUUCCGCUAAACCGGACUGGAAACAAUCGAGUAGCCAUCAGCGAGUGACUUUGCUCCACAGUGGUGGGGAUAUCAAUGCUGCCAGCGACUACGGAUGGACGCCUCUCGCCUGCACCACAUGGAGAGGUCAUAUUGACGUUGUUGAGCUUCUCAUCGACAGCGGGGCAGAUUCUAGCAUUGCUGGUAACAACGGAGACACGCCUCUUCAUCUCGCCUCAUUCCGGGGUUAUCUCGAUAUAGCAAAGCUUCUCCUUGGCAACGAUACGGUUACUAGCGUUGCUGACCACAACGGAUCCAAGUCUCUUAGUCUGUCUUUAUCGGAGGGUUAG